AUGUAUUUUGAACAAAAGGAGGUUCUCGUUCAGGGGCUACGACUUAUAAGCUUUACUGGAUAUUUAAUAUCAAUUUUCAAUAUUCCACAACUCAUUAGAUGUUUAAUGUUCCUCCACACCAUCACAUCUUCUUUGUCACAGUAUGUUGAGUCUCACACUAAUUAUAAUAUCGGAGAUAGAAACAAUAAUGAUUAUUCAUUUCGCUAUUACAUUGACGAACCAAAUGGUGUUUCGCUUGAUCAUUGGGAAAAUAAAGUUGAUGGAACAGUAACAGGAAGCUAUGGAGUGAUUGAUCCGGAUGGAAGUGCUCGAACUGUCUAUUAUGAAGUCGAUCAAAACAGCGGAUUUAGAGCUGUUGUUAAAUCAAUUUUGCCAAACCAAAUAAUACAUGUUCAACAAAUUUGGAACGGUCAACCAAAAAAGCCUUAUUUACAUAGAGAACCUGUUCAGUUUUUAUGAGUUGAAAGUGCAUCAAAAAUAACGCGGUGUUUAAGGCUAUUUGUUUACGGAAUGGAUUAAAGAACAAAUGAGUCAAAAUAAAAAAAAAACUUCUUCAUGAGAAUGUCAUUUUUAUAUUUAUGAUGAUCUAUUGAUUUACAAUUAAAAAUAAAAUUGGUUGUUCCAAAAAACAUUGAAGC